AUGCACGAAAAUGGAAGACGAAAGAAUGGAAAGCGGAAGAGAAGAUUUUGGAAGGUGAGUAGCUUACCUCACCUGAUUCACUCUCGCCUCGCGUGUGGAAUCGGAGAGGAAGUGAGUCAGAGCGAGUUGGAGGGGGAAAUGAAAAAUGAAGGGAUGGUAUGGAGGGGUUUAUAUAGUGAAGGAGAGAAUGUGUGGGCAAGUCACGUGGAGCGUGUGUUAGUUAGAUCAGAGGAAAAUGUAGAAAACGAGGCUCGUGUUAGGUGA